AACUUCAUUCUCAUCUUCAUACCACACUACACAAUCCAACACUGCCUACCACGAGUUUAUCCUUCAUCAAAGGGUAUCCACGAUCACAACCACUACCUAAACACACGUUUACUUCUCUAAACAACCAUCAUAAUGGAUUCCGGUGCUCCCCAGACUGGUGCUGCUACUGGCAACGUCAGCGGUCGUCGUCGAAGCUCAGGCUUCAUGCCCGCCUUCGCUGGCCUCUCCGAGCAGAAGCGUGGUUCUCAGGACAGCGCUGCCCGCCGAGCGAGUAUGUCUGAUCAGGCACCCAAGAGUGGCUUCUUUGGCCAGUUCUUCCACAACAACUUCGGAAGAAACGCUCAAAAGUAAUUGAAAUGAAUCACGAAGAAAUGAAAGGCAUUGUCCUAUUGUAUAAUUAGUAUCAUCACGGCGAAUCGCAGGGCAAGUUGAAGCCCUUUUCAUUAUUGAAGUUUGGUAAUUUGACCUAGGAGUUGACGCGGAAGCGAACUCAGAUGUCAAGCUGGAGUUACAUAGCAGAAUAAUCAUGCAAUGAAUUCACUUUCGGUUCCU